AUGAACUCAUUUCUGAAAUUUGUCUUACCUCUCAUUUUCCUUCCACCAUGCCUCAUUGCUCAGCAGAACUAUUCAGGAGCUGCCAUUUACCGGUGCAACGGAAACGAAGCAACGACGCUGUCAGAGUCCCUCCACACGUGCAACGGCCAAUUCUCUUCUUGCCGGGCUUUCCUGAUCUUCACAGCCAAGUCUCCAUAUGUUACAGUUGCGGCCGUUGCUAAUCUGACCUCGUCGGACCAAGCUGAAAUUUCACGAAUCAACAACAUCACGGCGUCCAGAGUCCUCCCAGAAGGACAAGAGGUCGUCGUCCCAGUUGAGUGCUCGUGUUCGGGUCGAAGCUACCAAGCCACCACCACUUAUCAGAUCCGACCCGGCGAGACUUACUUCUUAAUUGCAGACAAGACUUUCAAGGGAUUGUCCACUUGUGAUGCUCUUAAACAUGCGAAUAUGUACCGGGAGACGAGUUUGUUGCCUGGGCAGAAGUUGCGAGUUCCACUGAGGUGUGCAUGUCCAACCGCAGAACAAGCUUAUGCUGGGACGAAAUAUUUGCUAACUUACUCGGUUGACCAUGGUGAUACUCUUCUUGGUUUAAGCAAAAGAUUCAAUGUGAGUGCAGUGAGUGUAUAUGUAGCAAACCAUUUUCACGAUGAGUUUGCUGAAAUCGAGCCUUUCACGACCAUCCUCAUCCCUUUGCCAAGUGAACCGUCACAAUUGCAAGCUACAAGCAGGAAGCGUAGUAUGACUACUUCACCACCUCUGCCUCCUCCCGUUUCUCUGAAAAGCCAACCAAAGAGGGCACCAUUGAUUGUUGAAAAGAGCACAACUUGCAGAUGGUAG